AUGCUCUAUCGUACAAUCUCAAGGAUACUCACCACUACAACUACCAUAAUCCUCCUAAGCGCCCUCCUCAUCACUCUCACCACAGCCCAACAACAACAACCACAACCAAAAGCAACAGUAAUAGUCACCAUCAUAACAACCGCAACCGCAACCGCAACAGCACCACAAACCACCACCACCACCCAAGAACCCCCCUCCUACACCUCCCCAGCUCUCUUCCAAUCCUCCAUACUAAAAGUCAGCAACACCUACCGCAAAGCCCACAACGCAAGCAACCUAAUCUGGAAUACGACAUUAACUCAAUACGCCCUGAACUGGGCACAGGAAUGUAAAUGGCAGCAUUCGAACGGCCCCUACGGCGAAAACCUCGCCUUCGGGUACCCCAACGUCUCGUCCGCUGUAGCCGCCUGGGGCGACGAAGUACAGAAAUACAAUUUCCAGGAGCCGACGGGGUUCACGGAGGAGACGGGACAUUUUACGCAGUUGGUGUGGAGGGAGACGAGGGAGGUGGGGUGUGCGGCUAUUGAUUGUGGAAGUGAAGCGGGAGGAGGUGGUGGAGGUGGGAUCAAUGGAACGGAGAGACCGCAGGGAUGGUAUGUCGUUUGUGAAUACUCGCCUAGGGGUAAUAUCAUUGGGGGGAAUAAGAAGUUGGGGGAUAAGGAGUUCUUUAAGAUUAAUGUGCAGCCGUCGAGUACAUAUUCCGGGCCGUAUAAUACGGGGUCCGCUGGAAAUGGGGCUCAGAGGGUUGAAUGUAUAAUGGGGUUAUGGUGGGUUGUGUUGGGGUGGGGGUUAGUGUUGUUGACUUUUGGAUAG